CACAAACACUCUCCUAUUCAUAGUUUCAUUGUCAUUUCUCUCGCACAUGGAGGAGCUGGGCUCUCUUUGGAGUCACCCACAUGUAAGUCGCACUGCAUCCUCAUUGUCACCAAUCUUCCUUGCUUCGAUGUGUCUUUUACUGUAGCAUGGAUGAACUGAAGCAGAUGAUCUUGUAUAACACCACUGAACUCGAGUCCGUGAAAACAAAAGCUUUCGACGAAACGAGAAAGAACAAGGAGAAUUUGAAGCAUCUGCUUCGUCUCCUGAAAACAGCGUACCAGGAAAGAGAUGAAGCAAGAAAUCAGCUGCAGAAACUCCUCAGAAACAUCACUCCUAGUCCUUGCCCUUCAGGACUCCACUGGAGCUUCCUAGUACCACUACGAGCGAACCCAGUGACAAACCAAACCCAUCACACCCCCAAAUCAAUUGACUACUAUCCACUACACCUCUCUUCCGCCUCUCAUUCUCCGCUCGGGGCAACUCCUCCGUCAAAUUUCCUGAAUGCUUCCGUGGCCGGUUCAAGUAAUGAUCCGUGCAGUGUCUCUUGCACUCCGGGUUUUUUAAAUUCAGGAGAAGUCGAUACUGUCGAUCGAGCUUCGGAUGUGAUUGAUGAUCUUGUUAUGGGAAAAGCACUUCCUGAGAGAGGCAAAUUCUUGCAGGCCGUGAUGGAAGCAGGUCCACUCCUGCAGACACUUCUUUGGUCAGGGACUCUUCCUAGGUGGAGAAAUCCUCCCCCACUGAAACUCUUCAGCAUUCCACCAGUUAACAUCACCGGUUAUGACCCUUUUCCGAGCGUGCAGGCUCACAUUUCGGACUCUACUCACGCAAUUCAGAGAUUCACAAGCCCAUCGCCAAAUCUUGAAGCACCAGAAGUGUCUCCUGGGACAUGCUCGGGGUCCAUGCUUAACUUUAUUGCUAGUUAUUCUGGUUCGUCCCCAGGGAACAGCCGGAUUUUGCCAGCAGGUGUUAGCAUUACCACCAACAGCCAAAUACACAGUAGCUAUAAACGUCGAAAACUUCAAUGAAGUCGCUGAACUUUUUUCUUGAUAGGAAAUAUUGCCGAAAUUUGGUAGUUAUUUUUCGUUAGCUGAACCAGAAAAGGUCCCCCAUUGAGCCUUGAGGUUUAUGUAACUGUAAAUGCACUAGUCAAUUGUUAUAGCCAGUUUUAAAGAUAGUGCUGGAUUCGUUUGUGCUUCCUGCUUUCAUACAAAAGCUAUGAACUUCGACUUUCCUUGA